AAUCGUUUUGACAACCCUGUCAGAACAACAACAAAUAAUUGCGUUUUUUACGUUUAGGAGAUACAAAAGAAAUCUCUAAACUUCCGUACAUAGAAAUAGCAAACUCGGCGACUUCCAAUUUUGGGUAACUCGUUAAUCGACCACGUUAAUUCCGAUUCCCGUUAACAACACCAACAAGAAGUAACACCAUGUCCAUCAGCGAUUUCAUCAAAGGUCUCACCAUCCAUGAUUCCAAUAAUUUCACGCAUCUCAGCGAGCAUGGACUACGAACAUCGCAGAGACGAGCCUCCGUCUACUUGCCCACCGAGGAUGUGGCCUCCGAACAGUUAAUUGUCAUGGACAAGCGUUGCGUACUGCUGCGCUAUCUCACUCAACAAUGGGACAAGAAGACACUCCAACGUAAGCGUGAGCACGGCAAUGGUAAUGAAGGCAACAAUGGUAACAGCUCGACGCCCAACGGUGGCAGCAGCAGCAAAAAGCGUCCACGUUUAGAUCCCAAUGAACUAAACAACUAGAUCCAAGGCCAGGUGCGGGACCCAUGAGGGUGGUGGGUGUCAUUCAUCAAAAAUACAAAUUUAUGCUUAAAAUAAAAAUAACACUAGAAAGUACAAAAC